CCGGCUGUCAAUAGCCACGGCAUGCAAUUGCAGCAUACCUGGCCGAGCUCUCAGCUGGAAGCCAUGGAGAGAGCCUGCAGCCCCGCGCUGAGGCUGCUGCCCAAUCCGAUCACGAAGCAGCUUCCGAGCAGCUGGAGCCACGGCAGAUGCAGAAGCUUGGCCGUUCACGCGCGGCUUCCAACCGAAGAUGAUUACGCUGCCGAGUCACCGAAGAGAGUUCAAGUUACACAGAGCCUCAGGAGGAGCCGCCGGAGGGGAACCGGCACGCGGCAGAGCUUGGUCUCCGUCGGGACGUCUCGCGGCGGAGGAGAUGAGUGGAGCAGUGAGUUCGACCUGACGCUCCGGCAGCUGCGGCUGGACGACCUGAUCGAAGACGGGCAGAGCGACGCCGACGUCCUAGUGCACCUUCUGGUCCAGCAGCACAGCCAGUUCGGUAUGUCAAUUAAAGGGCGGGUCGUCACUUCGUUCGGCAAGAUAUGCGAUUCCUGCUCCACCCCCUACCUCACAAAGAUUGAUGAUCACUUUGAUAUCACGGUGCUGUCCUCCUCCAGGAAAGAUCACAGUGGGAUGCCUGAAAUCGGAGACAAUGAUCCAUCAGUCAUCUCUGUGAAGCCAGGAACCGAGAUUGACAUCGACUCAUCAAUCCAAGAGACGAUACGAUUAGCAGCGUCAGCCAAGAGUUCGUGCUCAGAGGCGUGUGAAAAAUCUACUGUCGUAUGGAAAUCUGGUGGCAACCAGAAGAGAAGAUACAGCCAAAGUUGGUCAAAACUCCUGGAUCUGAAGAGAACUCUGGAUAAAGCACCUAGCUGAAAUACUGCAUAAGCUGACCAUAUCGAUGGAGCCUGUUGCUGCCCGGCAAUACGAUGGUUCUCUGAUAUAAUUAUAUGAAUGCUUAUAUGUAUCUUGCAAAAAGGAAUGUGAGAUCAUGAUUGAUUA